UCUUUUCCCUCUCUUCGAUUCUCAGGCAAUGAUCCUGUAACGAUGGCUGUUAAAAUGACUUUAAUACUUCUUAUUGUGGCCUUAAUGGCUGAAUGUAUCGUUGGAGGACCAAUGGUAAAUGAUCCUAAUAGAGAUCCUUUGCCUGAAGAGAAUAUGAAUGUGACACAAAUGAUACUAUACAACGGGUACCCUGUGGAAAACCAUGACGUCACAACAGAAGAUGGAUACAUCCUAUCAGUCCAACGCAUCCCGUAUGGUCGUAAUGGAAACUGUAAGAACGUCACCUCAAAACCAGUAGUAUUCUUACAGCACGGUCUAUUGGCUGCUGCGACGAACUGGGUGACAAAUCUACCCAAUCAGAGCUUUGGGUUUGUGCUUGCGGAUAARUGCUUUGAUGUGUGGCUUGGAAAYAUGCGAGGGAAUACGUACUGUCGACGGCACGUGAAUUAUUCUGUACACUCUGAUGAAUUCUGGGAUUUCAGCUUCGACGAAAUGGCCAAGUACGAUCUUCCAGCAAUGAUUAAUUAUGUAAUUAACACUACAAGUCAACCAUACUUGUACUACGCCGGCCAUUCACAAGGAACAAUGAUCGGGUUUAUUGAGUUUGGUAGAAAUGCUGAAUUGAUAAAAAGAGUGAAGGCGUUCUAUGCGUUGGCUCCCGUGUCUACUGUAACGUACAUGGGUGGGGCUUUGAAGUAUUUGGCAGAUUUGUCUCCUGAAAUACAGUUCUUUUUUAAACUUUUUGGCGUCCGUGAGUUCCUGCCAUCUAAUUUUGUGGUAAAGUGGUUCGCGCAAAUAUUUUGUAAAGCCCCUGUACUCGAAAUGGUGUGCUCGGAUUUCCUGUUUCUGAUAGCUGGCAAUGAUCAGAAACAACUUAAUGAGACAAGAGUUCCUGUUUAUGUUUCACACACACCUGCCGGGACGUCUGUGAAGAACGUGGUCCAUUUUGCUCAACUCCACAACGCUAAGAAGUUCCAGAUGUAUGAUUACGGCAGCGCRGAUAAGAACAGACAGCACUAUGGGCAGGAUACCCCACCAGAGUAUAAUGUGUCUAAAGUUGCGGURCCUACUGCUCUCUACUGGGCCGGCCAUGACGUYCUGGCAGAUCCAAUGGAUGUAAAAUCACUUAUGCCAAAGCUUCCUACACUAACUUAYAACAAGUUCAUUGAAGCAUGGGAACAUUUAGACUUUGUCUGGGGAAUGGACGCGACCACAGAAGUCUACAAUGACAUUAUCAAACAUAUCUUAGAAAAAGAGAGAGAAAUGGGCAAGAGUUAAUCUUAUACCAUAAUACAGCGCGCGCUCGUKUUUACAUGCGUUUAAAUUUGUCAAUUAUAUAAUAGAUUAUACAUUGGAAAACCUCAGACUUUUACAUACUAUGUAAAUCAUGUGUAAAUUGUUUGUAAACAGACUGUAAAAUUGAUUUUACAGCCAAGGUACUUUUACAUACUAUGUAAAUUCCAAAAGACACUUUUGUAAAUCAUUUGUAAAUUCUUCCUCGUACUCAAUGUAGAUUUUUUGUAAAUGUGAAAAAAAAUGUUUAUAAAUACAAUUUCCAAAAUAUUUACAUAGUAUGUAAAGCACUGAGAUUUUCCAGUGAUAGAUUGAUAGUACCUGUGAGGUACUUAGUUAAAGAUAUCUCUGUCCAAACUUAAAAGAUGGAAUACGAUUUGCGCUCAGUUUAAGAAAUCCUAUGACUCUGUCAUUUUCGUGUCCACAAUGGCGCUUCGGCUCGCAAGGUAUGGCGGUUGGUUAUGAUUAUCAAAUUAUACUUUGAAAAUUGAUAUAAUAGUGAUAACCUGGAAUCGAUUGAGCUCAUAUACCUAAUAAAAAAAGUUUAUAGCUUA